GCUUCAGGGCCUGCAGUUCCCACCUGAGCCUACACAAUGCCUGUGGAGGAGUUUGUGGCUGGCUGGAUCUCCGGAGCCGUGGGGCUGGUCCUGGGGCACCCAUUUGACACUAUAAAGGUGCGCUUACAGACCCAGAACACAUACCGGGGCAUCGUGGACUGCAUACUCAAGACUUACCGCCAUGAGUCGGUCCUGGGCUUCUUCAAAGGAAUGAGCUUCCCCAUUGCCAGUGUAGCCCUGGUCAACUCCGUCCUGUUUGGUGUGUACAGCAACACCCUGCUGGCCCUCACAGCCACCUCUCACCAGGAGCGGCGGGCCCAGCCACCCAGCUACACAAACAUCUUCAUAGCAGGUUGUACUGGGGGUGUCCUGCAGGCCUACUGCCUGGCUCCUUUCGACCUCAUCAAAGUCCGUCUACAAAACCAGACAGAGCCGAGGAUGAAGAUAGGGAGCUCUGAACCCCGAUACCGGGGGCCUGUGCACUGUGCAGCCUCCAUCUUGAGAGAAGAGGGACCCCAGGGACUGUUCAGAGGAUCCUGGGCCCUAGUGCUGAGGGACACCCCUACAUUGGGAAUGUACUUUGUCACCUAUGAAGGGCUAUGUCGCCAGUACACACCAGAAGGCCAGAAUCCCAGCUCAACCACAGUACUGGUGGCUGGCGGCUUUGCUGGCAUAGCCUCCUGGAUCACAGCCACGCCUUUUGAUGUGAUCAAGUCCCGGAUGCAGAUGGACGGGCUGAAGGGGAGAAAAUACCGGGGGAUGCUGCACUGUAUGGCAAGCAGCUUCCGGCAGGAAGGAAUACGGGUCUUUUUCAAAGGCAUGACCCUCAAUAGUGCCCGUGCCUUUCCUGUCAACGCCGUUACCUUCCUUAGCUAUGAAUAUCUGCUGAGCUUGUGGAGAUGAGCCUGGCCAGGCCGUGCCAGCAAGUCUACAACAGGAGCACGGCGGAUAGAUAGUAACUUGGAAAAUCAAGCUAAAGAACCCAGCUAGCAGGUUCAAAAGCAAGAGGUGACAUGCAUCACCCAGAGUUAAGGAGUCAACUGGCAAGAAACCAAUGAAGCUGGCAGUGUACGGACUCCAAGACACACCCAUCUCCAGCCCACCUCUUUCCAGAAAGCAGGGGCACAAGCCACAUACAAGUCAGCCAGGCCACCAUGUCACAACUGCCCCUCUGAAGAGAGCUCUCAGGGAUCAGUCACUGUCUUGGCGCCACCCAGGCAGGGGUUCAAACCAUUCCCCUGGACGGGAGAAUGACCUUUGCCUCCUCGUGUCCAGAAGCCUUCAGGGAAACCCAGGUCUCUAGCUCCUGGCUCUCCUGGCCCACUAGGUGGUCCUCUCUCUUGGUCACUUCCUGCUGUGGUCCCUCAUGUCCCAGGAGUGCUCAGGGGGGUGAAGUUAUUGUCCCUCCAGUGGCCUACUCUCCUCUGAGACACAGGCAGAGCUGUCUCUAGGGUCCUUCCAGCCCUGUGGGGUACCCAAGAACCUCAGCCCUCCUCCUACCUCAACCACAGCUCUUGUGUGCAGGGCUUCAUGGUUAGUUGUCUCGCUCCUGAGUCAUUGUCUCUGAGAGUCUUGUAGUAAGGUUGUAUUCCUGUCUCUUGAACAGAUAGAUACAUGCAAUAAAGUUUUGUUUGCUGACAUGCUGAUGAUCCCCUCCCAUCUCUGCUCCCACCACAUACACGUCUGUCCAUGCCCUGGCUCCUCUCCAGGCUGUCUCUGCCUGGCCCACAUCUCCUUACAUUUGUCUUCUUCUUUUUUUUUCUUUCUUUCUUUUUUCUUUUUUACAUUUGUCUUCUUAUUUACCUCAAUUGUUAAAUUAGAUAUUAAAACUGUCUGAGGGGCUGGAAAGAUGGCUCAGUGAUUAAGAUC